AUGGUUUUAAAGGAUGCACUAGACAAAGACAGCCUCUUCUCCCCUUUUCAGUUGCUCCUGGUUUUCCUUAUCUCUACUCCCCUUACUCUUUGUUCCACUCACAACUUCAUACAGAUCUUCACAGGUGCUGUGCCACCACACCACUGCCGUUCCAACUUCACUCAGAGAAGGUCCAACCAGACAGAUCUAUGCACUCGUUACAUCUCACCACUUUCUAAUGAGACGGAACCUUGUGGGGAGAAUGGCUGGGAAUAUGAUCACAGUGUAUAUUCAUCAACAAUCAUUAGCGAGUGGGACUUGGUAUGUCAGUGGGAGUUUCUAAAAGAAAUGGCUCAGUCAAUUUACAUGGCUGGGGUCCUGGUGGGGGCGAUCAUGUAUGGAACUUUAGCAGACAGGUUCGGACGAAGAAUUGUUCUCCUCUGCUGUGUCUUGCAGGUGGCUACGAUGGGAACAGGAACUGCACUUUCUCCCAACUUUUCCUUUUACUGUGUUUUUCGUUUCCUGACCGGUAUGGGGAUGUGCGGCUUUGUCAUUAACGGUCUUGGCCUCACCAUGGAAUGGAUUCCUAUGAGAUAUCGCCCAACAGUAUCAAUGGUGCAGGGGUACUGCCUAACUGCCGGUCAGAUUAUUCUAGGAGGGGUGGCAUAUGCCUGCAGAGACUGGCGCUGGCUGCAGAUGGCACUGUCUCUGCCCUUCUUCAUUUUUUUUGUCCUCGUUUGGUGGGUGCCAGAAUCUUAUCGCUGGCUUGUACUUACUAAUCGUUCACAGAAGGCUCUUACUAACCUUAACCGUGUGGCCAAAAUCAAUGGGAAGAAAAUUGGCAGCGAUAUCACCCUAGAGAUGUUGCAGUUGGAAUCCCAAAAUGAAACAUCAACAAAAACCUCAAGAUAUACCCCGCUGGACCUCUUCCGUACUCCUGCAAUGCGCAGAAUAACCUUGAGCCUCACUCUGAUCUGGUUUUCCAGUAGUUUCUGUUUUUUUGCCCUUGCAAUGGAUGUCCAGCGCUUUGGCUUCAGUAUAUACCUGGUGCAGGUGAUAUUUGGUUGCACAGAGCUUCCUCUCCGAAUAAUAAGUACAAUUACCGCUUCAUACAUUGGAAGAAGAUUUACGGUCUCCUUUCUCCUUAUACUUUCUGGGGUGCUCAUUCUACUCAGCCUGGCACUGCCUCCAGACAGGAUGAUCCUACAACUAUCGUUUACAGCUCUUGCUAAGGGAUGUCUUGGUUCUUCCAUUGUGUGUGCUUAUCUAUACACAGCAGAACUCUUCCCAACGCUAUUACGACAAACUGGAAUUGGAUUCACUAAUAUGAUGAUGAGGCUUGGAGCAGUAAUCACACCAUUGGUCAUAGUGACCAAAGCAUAUAUGCCAUCUCUUCCUACGAUCAUUUUUGGGGUGUUGCCCAUCUUCUGUGGAGUUCCCAUUCUUUGGCUGCCAGAGACUCUCAACUGCCCACUAACGGACACAAUAGAGGAAGUAGAGACAAGAUCACGAGAGCUUAAUGGCAUUUUACACUCGUCAGAUACCAAUCUUAUUCGUACAAAGAACACAAUUGCUGGAGUAUUCCUAGGAGGAGUAUUUGUCUAUCACUUACUAGCACUUGUAACAAUUUCUCUAAACCCUCCGUUGUCAGUUCCAACAGCUGAUCAGAGACGCCGUCUCUGUGAAAUCGGAAAAAACGUUGCCACUCUAUGUUUUAUUUCUGCUUCUAGGAAUCAACGACAUUUUCUGCUUCUGCUUCUAGGAAUCAACGACAUUUUCACAGCCGGAUUGUACAGAGGAUUUCCCGGAUAA